AUGCUGUUUGGAAACUUUCUCUGUAUUACUCUGCAGUUCUUGGGGCUUCCAGUUUUUCUGAAGGCAGGCUCAGAAACAAACACAGGUCUCUCUGUCUUUACUAAUCAAAGUGUUUUGCUGAGUUGCAAUGAGGUUGGCAACACAGUAAAUGCACAAGAUGUGCAAUGGAAACAUUUCACAUUCAACAGAUCCAGGAAAUUGGCCUUUUUGCCAAAAAAACAAGACUCUCUGGAGCCUUCAAAGAAAGUAUUUAAUGAAAAACGGACAACAAUCUAUAACAAUGGCUCCCUUGAGAUUCAGAGCAUCCAGCUGAGUGAUGCUGGAAAUUAUACAUGUACAGUGACCGAUCGUGAUGGAAAUGAGGACACACUCACUUUUGUUCUCAAUGUACAAGAUGAAGAAACAGGGAGCGGCACAACCAACCAAACACAUGGAACCAGUGGAACAGAAAACAACAGCUCAAUCUCCAGCCUCAGAAACAAUAGUACGUUUUGGAAUGAUUCACAAAUUGCAAUAAUUACGGUAGCACCGGUUGUAGUGUUGAUUAUUUCAGCUGCAAUUCUAAUUAAAAUGAAAUACUGGAAGAACAAUGGGGAACUCAGAGAGGAAAACAUUUACACCAACAUGAACACACGUCCUGGAAGAAGUCAGGCUAAGAACAAUCCAGACUCCAUUUAUGAAAAUAUGGGCCGAAUUGCUAGAAAAACUUCUUAAUGAAGAUUUUUGAAAACUUAAAAGGUUCAGUUUGGAGUUACAAAUAACUGAGCAAAAAUAAAACCCACAAUAUCUAUUUGAUGGGUAUUGGAACUUGUAAUGAUGAACUCUUGAAAAUCCAUGUACUUUUUAUUUACCACAAACCUUAAACAAGCCUGUCAACUUUGUGCAGAACAAGUGCAUUCAAAUGAAAAACAUUGUGAUUACUUUUCUAUUAGAGACAUUGUUGUUGUUUUUCUACAUACUAAAG